AUGUUUUCAUUUAUCUUUAUUCUUUUUCUUCUAAAUAUUAUUACAAAUUAUUCAUUAAUAUCUAAUAAAAAAUUUAUUAUAUCUGAUGAAUAUCUUGGUAAUACUGGAAAACAUCUUUUUCAUUUCGUACAUAUAACAGAUAUUCAUAUAAGUCAUUUCGGUCAUGCUGAUCGAAUACAACAAUUCGAACAAUUUUGUAAUCAAAUUAUAAAAACAUUAGUAAAACCACAAGUUACUAUUGUAACAGGUGAUCUUGUAAACAGUGUGAGCAGUUCAGUAGAUCGAUUAUUUGGAACAGAACAAUAUGAAGAAGAAUGGACUAUUUAUAGAGAUGUUUUGAUUCGAACUAAUGUUACAGCAUAUACAAAAUGGCUUGAUAUAAAAGGAAAUCAUGAUGCAUUUAUGGAUCCUGAUCCAGAUUCAUCAAAAAGUUUCUAUCGUAUCUAUUCACAUCAAGGACAUAAUCAUAGUGGUUCAUAUGAAUAUACAUUAAGAACAAAAGAUGAUGAUAGUUAUUCAUUUGUUGCUGUUGAUAUGUGUCCAAGACCAGGUAUUGGUCGUCCAUUUAAUUUUCUUGGUCAUAUUAAUAAAAAAGAAAUGAAAAUUUUAAAAAAAUUAUAUGAAAAAACUAAAAAUUCUACAUCAACAAUAUUCUUCGGUCAUUAUCCAUUAUCAUUUACUUAUUCAAAUGGACUUGAUCAAAUAAUGAAAAAUGGUAUUGUUUAUUUAAAUGGUCAUCUUCAUUCUGGUAUUAAACAUUUAUAUGCUCGUCAUUCAAAUGGAUUACUUGAACUUGAAUUAGGAGAUUGGAAAGAUAAACGACGAUUUCGUAUAUUAACUAUUGAUUCGGGUUUAUUAUCUUUCGAAGAUUUUCGAUUUAAUCAACCUAUUUAUGCUAUUAUAUCAAAUCCAAAAGCAGCAAAAUUUCUAACACUAAGAGAACCAUUCUAUCGUAUAAGUCAAAGUACACAUAUCAGAAUUGUUAUUUUUUCAAACUUAUCUAUUCAAAAUGUAAUUAUAUCAAUUGAUGAACAAUAUAUUGGUUCAGCUAUUCAAUCAAAAGAUAAUCAAAAUUUAUUUAUUCUUCCAUGGAAUACAAAUUUAUAUAAUGAUGAAAAUCUUCAUAAAAUAUUUGUUGAGAUUAAAGAUAUUGAAAAUAAUACAGUAACUUUACAACAUGAAUUUUCUCUAUCAUUACCAACAAUAACAAAAUGGAAUCGAUCAAAACUAAUUCUUACUAUUCAUCAACCAACUUUUGGCUUUAUUAUUUUAAUUUCAUCUUUAUGUAUAUAUAUUUUCGUAUUAUUAUAUUAUCGAUAUCAAGCAAAACAAAAUUCCUGUCCAUGGUAUUUCGGAUAUUUAACACCAGGUCAUUUUGGUGCAGUAUUUCUUUGGGGUACAUUAAUACAAGGAGUUUAUUUACCACCCGAUUCACAAAUAUUUGUAGGAACAUUUCAAUUAUAUUUCUUUUUAUUCCCAUUAACAUUUAGUUUAAGUUCAUCAUGUUUUUAUCGAUAUAAUCAACAAUAUGAAUUAAAUAGAUCGAUGAAUAAAUAUUAUUUAAAUAAUUAUUAUCGAAUCUAUACAAUUUAUAUUAUAUUUAUAUAUACAUUAGUUUUUAUAAUAUUUUUCUCUUUACUAAUGACUGCAUCAUAUAAAUUAUCUUGGAUUAUAUCACCAUUUGGUUUUAUAUUAAUUUUAUUUUCAUUAAUUCUUUAUAUAAAAUCUCAUCGAUUAAAAAUCGAAGAUUUUAAGUUAAGAAUAAUAACAACUAAAAUAAUGAAUUCAAAAUUAAUUCAACAAGUUGAUGAAGAACAAGAAAUAUUAGAUAUGAUUAAAUCUAAAUGA